GACAGUGAGAGAAGAAGCCGUGGCUCACAGCACAUGGUUCCCAGCACAACUCAAGAUGGAUGAAUCAAACUUCACUGGGAUCAUUUCUAACAUCUCUUCCCCUGGAUUACCUCAGCCCUCUUGGAAUCAACGCGGUCUGAUCCCUGCAUUAGUGUUAUCUUUCUGCUUUCUACUUGGAGUUCCUGGAAACAUUGCUGUGAUUAUACUCAAGCCUAACUGGGAACAUCUGUCCAGUAUGAGCCAGAGUUUAAUGCUAUAUCUGACCAUUUCUGAUCUGAUUUGUCUGCUUACCCUUCCACUGUGGAUUUACAACUUAGUCCUUGGGUGGACAUUUGGCCUUGUAGCCUGCAAAGCUCUAGCAUACCUUGUGUACUGUACAGUUUAUAGCAGCCAGUUGACUGUGACUGCGUUGAGCAUCCAGCGCUACCUUAUUGUUGUGCGUGGACGGCAGUGCCAUGUACAAAAAGGUACGCUGUUGGUUCUGCUUUGGCUGGCAGCUGUUACUUUGUGCAUCCAUGCUGUGGUGACUGUACAACUAACGAAAGAUGGCCAAUGGAUCCGUUGCCUACCUCAUUAUUCUUCUGAGACAGAGUGGGUGGCUGUGCUGGUAAUUGAGAACCUGUAUGGACUUGUUACAUUUUCACUUGUCGCAUUUUCAUAUGUAUGCCUCCACAAGAAGGUUAACCGGGCAGCCUUUUUCAACAGUCCACAGACAACCAGGCUGGUUAUUAGUAUCAUUGCAAGCAAUUUUAUUCUGUUUGCUCCAGUUCAUGUGGUCAAUGUGCUGGGCGUGUUGGCGAUAAGUCUUAAAAACAAGAAGCUACUGAAGUUUUGUGCAGACAGUUGGAGUGUAGCCAAGUCCUUUACCUUUAUAAAUAGUUCCCUAAAUCCACUCUUGUAUGCUUUUAUUUUUACUAAAUUAUGUCGUCUUUGCCCAAAGGACUCGCCCCAUCCAGAUGAGGGAACUCCUCAAACACCUGACAUUGCUACAAUUGCAGAACUAUGACAACAAUAGUGACACACGUCACUCCCCCCCCCAAAAAAAACCAAACAAAACAGAAAUAAGUUUGUUUCUUUUCAUUUAAACUGAUACCACAUCACCUACUAUUUCUGUCUGUUUUAUUUUUCUGCGAUUGCUUGAACCAAGGAUGUUGAUUUUGUCCCUUUGACCUUGGUUUAUGUAAAAUUUAUCAAAUUACACUUUAUAUCACUGUAUCACUACAUUUUGUUUACCAAUGACGUUUUUACCCACUGACCUUUGCAAGCAAUAUUUUAAUUUGUUUUCCCUAUAUGCCACUUCUUUCCUUCUUCACACUUUUUUCUAUGUUCACACUGUAAACACUGAACAUAGAACACUGUAAACAGUGUGAACAUAGAUAUGUGUGAACAUAGAUAUAGAUACAGAUAUGUCACCUUUAUCUAUAUUUACUGCUUGGUUUUUUCAUGGCUUUUUCAAAACAUACAUAUUCAUACACUGCUUUCAUAUUUGUUCUCUUCUUACUCUCAAUCACAACAAAUUUGUACUAAAUUCUGUCUAGAAAAUAUGGUGAAAAUUUGAAAUAAAUCUUUUGUUGACAUAUUUCUUCCUUUCAGAGAAAGAAUUAAUUAACAAUGGAUACAUUUGUAUUGAUUUGGUUUAUGUCAUGAUUCAUGUUCUGUCCUGUCCAUGCUGUGUAAACACUCAUUCAGCUCACCUGCCACUCCUGAUUGCUUACCUGUUCCACCUGGUCCCCGCCCUACUUAGACACCUCUCAGCCUCUGCCUCCUUGCCAGAUUAUCAACAGCCACGAGCCAGUAGAGAUCCAGCGUUUCCUUCCAAACCGUCAGUGUUUCUACGACCCUUUUCUGUCCACAGAUUGAUUUCCCCCCUGCCAAGCCCUUCACGGAUCCCUUCUGUUCUGGAUUUCUGGACCCUGACCCAAGCUUUGCCUCACGACCACUGAGUAUUGCCUGCCCCUCAAGCUAAGUUUGCUCUCUCUGUCCUCCUGUGUAUGACCUCUGCCUGAUUAUCGUCAAAGUCCCUGGGUGUUGCCUCAUGAAUCUCCUUGUGGAGAUCAGUACAGUAGCCUGUACUACCUGGUUUCCUGCACCUUCCUGUCGUCAGACCUUUGGUUUCCCAGCUCCACCCGUCCACUGCUCAAAAGGACAUCUACCACAUUCCUCCUGGUACUACAAUGGUCUCAUGCCUGCGGUGGUGCUCUCCUUCUGCUUUGUCCUGGGAGUACCUGGAAACCUCGCCGUGAUUCUUCUCAAGUCUAAAUGGAAGAAGAUCUCCAGUCUGAGUCAGAGUUAAUGCUGAAUCUGGCCUUUUCUGACCUGCUUGGUUUGCUGGCCCUACCACCAAAGAUAUACGCUUCGUUAUUUCACUGGAAAUUUGGCUUGGUGGCCUGUAAGAUUCUUAAUUAUCUUCUGUACACCAGCAUUUAUGCCAGCCAGUUGACUGUGACUGUGUUAGGCAUUCAGCGUUACCUACAAGUGGUUCAUCAGGAGAAAUGGCAUCAGGGACAAAAGCGCGUGCGGCUGGUUCUGCUCUGGCUGGUUGCCGUCAUCCUGUCCAUCCCUGUUUUGGUGGAUCGGCAGGUGAUAACCAUCCAGCAGAAGACUGUCUGCCAACCACAGUACUCCUCUGAGGCACAAUGGGUGGUUGUGUUGCUAACAGAGACGCUGUUUGGAUUUUUUUUCUGUGUUGCUUGUGCUGAUUUCAUACAUUGGUCUUAACAGGAAAAUUAAACGCGUCGUGUUUUUCAACCAUCCAAGAACAACUCAGCUGAUUACCAGCAUCAUUGUGAGUAAUUUUGUUCUCUGAUCUCCAUUUAUUGUCAUAAACGUACUUGGUGUGGUGGCUAUUUGUGCCAAAAAUGAAGGCUUGUUAAAUUUUUGCUCAAAAACAUGGGUCCUUGUCAAAGCUCUCACAGUUGUAAUUAGGUGCUUAAAUCCUCUCUUGUAUGCCUAUAACUCGAGAACAAUUAUGACUACAUAGAAUGCCCCAAACAAUGUGUUUUGUUUGUUUUUUUAUAUAUAUAAAAGGGCCAUGCUAUGUGAUCUGUCAAUUAUUACAAAUCUGAAAUGCAUUAAAUAAUUCACAUUUGUCGCAAGUAGGAAUAUAUUUGUUUUCUUACAUAAUCUUGCCUAACAAUAUGUAGUAACCAGAGCUAGUUUCUGUCUCUGCUCAUAAACUAGUUUAGCAGAACAAGGACUGUACUCUUUCUUGUUUGGUUGCAAUGCUGGCAUAUUAAAAAUGAAAUGUAACCCAGUUCCUGAUGUGCUCUCCAGCAUUAUAUAUAUAUAUAUAUAUAUAUAUAUAUACUUUUUUUUCAAUGUUCAUUCAUGGAAUGUAAAUUGAUACAAAAAUGUUUACAAAGUCUAUCUGUAGUGUAUAUAUUCCUAAAAAUGACCUUUUUCUAUACAAAUACAGACUGGUUUUUGUUAUAAGCCUUAAGUUCUUUUCAUUAUGAGAAUUUUUGGCUUCUGCUAAUGUUAAGAUUAGGAUAUUAUGUCAGACCAAUAAAAAGCAUUUUUAAUAGA